UUUCAAGUCCCCUCCCUUUCUUCCCACCGCAAAAGAGCUCCAUCCCCAUUUCAGUCGCGCUCUGCUUACUCUUCUCGCAAGUGCCCUGUUCAGGGAUCUGCAAGGGAAAGCAACAAACAAGGGAAAGCGCAAACCAUCGGCAGCUCCUCUCUUUCCCCCCAAAACAGUGAGAAGGAAGACAAGAGGCUGCAGAAAGGAGAGGAACAGCCUGGGCGUCUUGCCGGUGGUGAACUGUAUGGUUCUUCAAUCAUGAGCCUUUUGCUCUUGUUUGAAUCAACUUGUAUUUUCCUGCUUUCCCAAGCACUGAUGUCCCAGAGCACACAAGAACUAUAUGUCAGCCAGGAAAUCAUUGCAAAAAUUUCAGCUGCCGGUCAACUGAUGAAUUGCUCUUCCCCAGUUGAUGUCAUGUUUCUGUUGGAUGGAUCUUACAGCAUUGGCAAAGGAAGCUUUGAAAGGUCAAAACAUUUAGCAGUCAAGCUUUGCGAUGCCUUGGACAUUGGUCCGGAAAAGGUCAGAGUGGGAGCAAUACAGUUCAGUAAUACAGCCUACUUGGAAUUCUCGCUGGAUACCUAUUUCAUCAAACAUGAAAUAAAAGACAAACUAAAGAGGAUUGUAUUCAAAGGUGGUCGAACGGAAACAGGGCUUGCUCUGAAAUACAUCCUUCGGAAGGGAUUCCGUGGGAGCAGGAAUUUCACAGUACCCAAAAUCCUUAUUAUUCUUACUGAUGGGAGAUCUCAAGGCAACAUAGCUGCACCUGCUAAGCAAUUAAAAGAAAUGGGAAUUACUGUGUUUGCAGUGGGAGUCAACUUCCCCAGAUGGGAAGAACUACACAUUCUGGCUAGUGAGCCAACAGAUUGGCACCUGCUCUUUGCAGAAGACACUGAUGAUGCCGUAAACGGCUUCUACACCACGCUCACCAGGUCCGCCAUUUGCAGUGCUGCAUUUCCAGGUUGUACAGCUGAAUCAUACACUUGUGAACAUAGAACACUGAAGAGAGUGAAAGAGUUGGUGGGAAACUACUUCUGUUGGAAGGGAACAAAGAGCAAUGGUGCUGUGUGGACGUCAACCUGCCCUUUUUACAAAUGGAAGAACACUUUCAUCAAAUAUCCAUCUAGAUGUUACCGAACCACCUGCCCAGAUCCUUGCAGUUCCCUUCCUUGCCAGAAUGGAGGCACGUGCAUCCAACAGGGUUUAGAAGGAUACCACUGUGUCUGCCCAGCUGGAUUUGGAGGAGAUGCUAAUUGUGCACCCAAACUGAGUCUUGAAUGCAGUGUGGACCUUCUUUUUCUAGUAGACAGUUCUUCCAGCACCACUCUUGAAGGAUUCUUACGCUACAAAGCUUUCCUGAAAAGAUUUCUCCAAACAGUGUGGAGUGCAGAGACUUCAGGGAAUGUGGGUGUGGCUCAAUAUAGCAAUGAUGUUGAGAUGACUGCCCAAGUUGGGGACUACAAAGACGUGCUCAGUCUGGUAAAAGUCAUUGAUUCCAUGCAGUUCAAUGGGGGGAGCACCUUGACUGGCAAAGCUUUGCGGUAUAUUACGCAUAAUGGCUUUCAGAGUGCGCCAAUUUUUGCUGAUGUCCCUGAUGACCUCCCACGUGUUGUCAUCUUGCUGACAGAUGGAAAUGCUCAGGAUUCAGUAGUGGAGGCAGCUAAAUAUAGCAGAAGCCAAGAUGUCUUCCUUAUUGGAGUGGGCAGUGAAUUUUUGAGAGCUGAGCUGGAAGAAAUUACAGGGAAUUCAAAGCGGACAAUUAUCUACUCAACACCACAAGAUCUAUUCAACAAGAUUGCUGAGUUACAGAGAAAAAUCUGCAGCAUAGAGAGCCAAGAUUGUCCAUCUCAACCAGUGGAUUUGGUGUUUGCUUUGGAUUCUUCAGGUUCAGUUGGAAGGGACAGCUUUGCGCAUUUGAAAACUUUAAUCAGCAGUCUGUCGUCCAAGUUUGACAUCAAUCGAGAUGUGACACAGAUAGGGCUUGUUGUCUUCGGCAAAAGGCCUCAAACCAUAUUUGAGCUGGACACACAUGUUACUAGUUCAAAUCUCCACAAAGCCAUCAGUCAAGCUCCCUUUGUGGGUGGCUCUGUCUCAGUUGGCAGCUCCUUGCUGCAUAUUUAUGAUAAUGUCAUGACUGUCCAAAAAGGAGCAAGACCUGGUGUGAAGAAGAUUGUAGUGGUGAUUACAAGUGGGACUGGAGUGGACGAUGCCAUAAUCCCUGCUCAACAGCUUCGUAAUAACGACAUAUCACUAGUUGUUGUUGGAAUUGGACAUGUCCCAACUGGCUCAUUACUGAAGAUUGCUGGUUCUCAUAAUAAUCUGUUAAGGAUUUCUUCAUACAAAGAUCUAAAAUAUAAUGAAGGGCUUAUACUUGAAAAGAUAUGUGAUGAGUCUCAGCAACUUGUGAACCUCUGCAGACCCAACCCUUGCAUGCAUGGUGGAACAUGUGUUCCUGGGAAUGGCAGCUACCGCUGUCAAUGCCAAGGAUGGGAAGGACCACAUUGUGAAAACAGAAUUCAGAGGGGACACACUUCACAUUUACAGAAACAUCCAGUGAUAAUCCAUGAUCUGCAAAACCAACAUGGAUGGCAGCAGCAGCACAGAACUCAGCAGCGGUCAAAAAGACAGAGGCAGCAGAUUUAAUGGGGCAUUAGAAAUACUGUGAUCUUCAGCCAAUGAAAAGUCUCUCCCAAAAUAACUGAAACACAGGCAGUAUUUGCAAGCUAUAAUGCUAUUUCAGAGCAUGAGACAUUUGCACAGAACCAGUUCCUGGUAAACCAAACGAGGUUGCUAACAUCUGCUAUAUUUUAUAUUAAAUAUUUAUUAUUAAUAUGCAGACAUUAAGAUGCUACACAAUAGAUUCCUUAGUGCUGAAGAUUUUGGAUUUUUUAAAUUCCAUGGGAUAUUCAAGACAAUGGUACAUUUUAUAACCAGAUCAAAACGCUAAAAAAACCUAAGGUUAACUUCAUAUUAUUAUUUUCCCCAACAUCUUAAAAUAGUUUGAAAUCCUAGGGGUGCAUUACUUAUCUCAAUUUGGCUGUUAAAAAAACAUAUUUUUUCUUGGUGCCUUUGUUUUUAGGCCUGUUUCUGAGGUCGUUUGGGGUGCAGAUUCAGAAAACUGCAUUGGAUAGUCUACAUCAUCUCUAGAUUAUUAAAUAUGGUUUUCUGUGGAUGAGCAGAUGGCAUAUGUUCUGUAUAAGAAACUAGAGCUGAUGUGGUCCAGCUAAUGCAAUUUUCUGUAUCAGCACCCCAAAUAACAAAACUGAAUCUAAAGUUGACCAAAAACUGAUUUGUACUAAUCUUGGAGAAUUGUCCCUGGUCAAAGUGGUCCGUGGUAAAAAAAAAA